AUGUGUGCAUUUAAGCAAUUGGGUAUCCGUUAUCAACAUUCGCUUCCGCUUUUGGAUACAACGCAAUUACUUUUGCAAGGCUUACCACGGCCGGGUACCGAGGCCACCGUUCCUUUGAGAGAUUUUGUUGAAUGGGUUAGCAUUCAAAAUUCUCGUCAUAACAACUUUUUUGCUCCCAAACCAAGGUACAGGCCCUAUAGUUUGCCUUCUUUAUCAUUAUUCGAACCACUUUUAUCACACUGCCUUGCAAGAUGGCUAUUAGUUGACUAUAAAUUAAAUUCUUAUCCCUACUACGAUCUCAAUGUUGUCACUAUGUAUACCGAUUUCCAUCAAUCAUUGAGAAUUACGCGCAGCAUCGUGAAAUUCCUCAAGGAAACAGCUCCCGACGACCUUUAUCAAAGGAUAAACUGCUUUCUGGUACCUCUCUAUGACGAAACUAAAGAGAUCAAAAUACCUGAUAAAAAAAUAAGGGUUAUAAAACAUGGUGCGCUCUCUGCGAAUUCUUCCCUCUUCAUUGAAGAUCCUGUUUAUGUUCUCAUGAUAAAUGACGUGAUAAGACAUCUAUCGCAUGACUAUAUUUUGAAGACAGACACCCUAUGGAAACAAUGCUAUGUGAAUAUUGAACAAGAUAGCACACGCUCGCGACGCUUUGAUUCACAAAUGGAUUACUGGUGUCAGUUGACGUAUGAACUUUUGAAAGAACCUCUGACCAAAAGCGGUCUGAGUGACACGUAUAUUCCAUCUAGACUUGUCCAACUGUUUUUCAUUCUAAAGCAAUGUGUUCCUGAACACAAACUUAUUGCCAUGGAUUUAUCCCAAAGUAGGAAACCUAGCCUGUUGCAAGCUUUUAAGGAUCUCUGCGGAAAAGGUAGUUCUUACCAGCCAAGUAACGUCUUGGGACCUAACGACAUAUUGAGCGCAACAGAGCCAACGACAUUUGUUUCAGAUUUCUCGCAAGUAAAACAUUUAUAUGGGGUAAUAAAUGAUGGAAUGAAAGUAUGCCAGGUCGAAUCUUUGAACGAUUUUGCAAAAGAUUGGACUGAUUUGGAACAAAGUGCUAAAAUUUUGGGCGCCAAUCACUUAGAGAUCCAGGCAGGGCAACUGUCUACAAGCAAUAUCACUGUCCUUCACGGCUAA